UUCGCAUAUAGUCGCCCUUUCGAAGAUGAGAGUAGGACAGAGGUGUCGAUUCUAACUCUCAGGGAUGCACUUCACGUCGACAUCUCUCCGAAGGCUGAAUCUCAAGAGUCGAUAUUGUAAUGACUGAACUUGUCACAGUUUUACAAUAUCCAUCCUCUACAUAAGCAUUUGGGCAUAUUAGGCUACGAGAAGCGCUGAUUUUAAUGACCACUUUCUCUGCUCUGUCUGCUCAGCCGAGGUUUACUGUAUUCAGCGGUGAGAUUUUCGUAGGUUACUUUCUUCUGUCUCAAUCUCAACGCCUUCGAUUGGAGCACCACCAAUGCCGAUCAUUUUUUAGGCUGCUGAUUUCCAUUUGCACUGCGAACGCGAGGAAAUACGCUACACAGCUAGGCUAUAACGCCCAGUACAGGAAUUAUAGGGCGACUACCCGAGUGUCAGCAAUAAGGGCUACAGUAGCUGAUGGACUAACCGAACCAACAGCAGCCACAAGCGCCCGUGACCACAUUAGCCUACCAGCGGAGCCAAAACCGGGGAGCGGAGAAAGAACAGUUUCAAAUCCCUGACGGUUAUUUCUCAAAAGACCCUCGGGACAGGACAUCUGACCACUUCUAAUUGUGGAAAACUGCUUUGUGACGGAGCUGUCGUGAUUUUUCCCCUUUACCGUUACACAUGCUUUCGUUAUGCGCGGUAUAGGUGUAAGGACCGUAUUUUAAAGAUACCAAGCAGAUACCAGGCAGUCACAAUACAACCUAUCAAACUCCAUCCAAGCGGGCGCUGUUGGUAUAUGCCUUAUCAAAACAUAUAUUUUUGUCGAUUCUUUGGACGUAUUUUGAGAUUAUUUUAAGCAGCUUUGAAAUACUUAGUUUUUGCGUUGCAUGUGAAUUGAAAGGUGCCUGGAAUUGGCCUCUAUAUGCCUUAUCAAUCCCUUAUGAAUUCAUUGGAUAGUGGAAUGAGAGGAGAGCAACACAAAUAAAAGAAAUAAACAACGUGGGAAUAAGGAAAGGACAACAGUGAUUUACAUUUGCUAGACUAUAUGGACUCAACACUAUUCAUAUUGAGAUAUUUCGAUUUGUAUUUAGUUUUUAUUUCGUUGCGAUUUUGCUAGACAUUAUUAACGUAUAUUUUAGGCUAUGCCUUAAAUGCAUUCCAUAGUUCGUAUGAAAUAGUUAUUAAAGUAACGGUUUUGUGGACUGGUCACUUUUCCAUACUGGGGUCAUAUGGUGAAACUGGAGGGGUUAACACAACUGUUUGGGUUACACUGAAGCUGUGACAGAAAUAAACAAAUCAUUAUCACCCGAGUCUGCCCGCGACCAUUCCGUGUCUCACGUGCCAGCCUCACUGAUGAUCGGAAUAGAGCUCUAACGAGACAGCACCCCCGCAGAUGCGACCAGGUACAUUUCAAAUAUCUGUGAAGGCUGUUGAUGGAGAGGCUUUCGAAUGACAGCCGGGACAGUGGUCAUCACAGGCGGUAUUUUAGCUACAGUUAUCUUACUGUGCAUCAUCGCAGUACUGUGUUACUGUAGACUGCAGUAUUAUUGCUGUAAGAAGGAGGAGUUGGAGUCGGAGGAGGAGGAGCCCGACUUCGCGGUGACGUCCCGCCUCCCGCCAGUCCACUCCAACCAUAACAUCGUGGCAGCGGCGGUCGCCGCCUCCACCCCUAACGGCCCCACCCUCUUCACACCGCCUUCAGCGCGGAAACUGACGCGUUCGCAGACAUUCUGCCCAUCGUGCACACACCAUGAGCUGCCCUUUUACCUGCAGCACCCGGACGGCCAUCGGAACGGCGGCGACCGUAUCAGCUACCGUAGCAUCCAACAGCACGACCUGGAACUGCCCUUAGAAAUGCCCAACUACCACAAACUGAACCUGACCCGGUCAGUCACCAUGAGGGACAUGUUCAACCGCAGCUGCAGCAUCAGCACUGACGUCUAGUGGAAUCGGCGCCACCUCAUGGCAUGGAGGACUUAUGGAUACGGAUAGAUAAAUAGAAUGGGGACAGAUAGUGGGACUGCAGCUCGACAACUACUGCUCCCAUGUCCCUCGGUCUUAUGCUCAGUUAUAACCACACAUUAACUGGAGAAAAGAUAAGCAUCAAACAAAAUCUAUCCUCUCCUCAUUCUGCUUGGUCUGUGGUGAGUAGGAUGUUGACCCUACUCUGUCUGGACUCGUAUUGGAUUACCCUAAACCACCCUCCAGUCUAACUAAACCACCCUCGGGUCUAACUAAAUUACCCUCCGGUCUAACGAAGUCACCCUCCGAUCUAACUAAACCACCCUCCGGUCUAACAAAAUCACCCUCCGGUUGAAUUCCACCACAUCAACUGUACCGUUGAAUAACAAAUAACAGACUUUCUGUAGUUGCUGCUAAAGAAACCAAGAAACCAUGGUGAUAAGGA